UAUGCGCACGCGCUUUGCGUCUGGGCAGUUCCAUAGCAACCGUACAGAACAACAUGGCAAAAGCAACAACUAUUAAAGAGGCCCUGGGGAAAUGGGAGGAGAAAACAGGCGAAAAGGCGAGCGAGGCAACAGCAGUAAAGCUUUAUGGUCAAAUUCCUCCCAUUGAAAAAAUGGACGCAUCUCUUUCUAAUCUUGUCAACUGCGAGAAAUUAUCCUUGUCUACGAACUGUAUUGAAAAAAUUGCCAACUUGAAUGGUCUAAAGAACCUUAAGAUAUUGUCCUUGGGGCGGAAUAACAUCAAAAACCUUAAUGGACUUGAAGCAGUAGGUGAUACUCUGGAGGAGCUGUGGAUCUCUUAUAACCUCAUAGAAAAACUGAAGGGAAUUCACGUCAUGAAGAAACUCAAAGUCUUGUACAUGUCUAACAACUUGGUCAAGGAGUGGGGGGAGUUUCAGAAGCUGGCAGAUCUUCCAGCAUUGGUUGACCUCGUCUUUGUGGGGAACCCAUUAGAAGAAAAGUAUUCUGCAGAUGGCAACUGGUUAGAGGAAGCUACUAAGAGGCUUCCCAAGCUUAAAAAGCUAGAUGGAAACCCCGUUAUCAAACGAGAAGAGGAGGAAGGUGAAGGGGAGAGCUAAUGCAAUUUCUUUAAAUAUUCUGAAGUUGGUGCAUUUUUAUUGUUCAAACACCAGCAUUUUAACUAUUAGAAGUCUGUGCAAUAUUUGCAUUUUUUAAUUAGGUUUAUUUAUAUGGAAUGAAGCUAAAAAGCUAAAUCCAUUUUCUUGAGCUUUAACACUAUUUGAAUAGAUUUGAAAAGCACACGUCUGAUGUAUUUUAUUAGCCUUAGCACAAGUGGAGAUAUACAAUCAUAAUGUAAGAGUCGUGCAGAAGGACAGAUUGGAUGAUACUCAUUACUUACACUGUAAAAAAGAUUGAAGAAUGCCAUUGAUACCUUAAAGAACUAUUUUUACUUAAUUUAACCUGUGCUUAAAAUAACUAUGAAGAAUUAAUAUUAAUAUGUACACCACUAUAAUAUUUAAUAAUUUAGCAUAACUUUCAGGUAAAUUCAGUAAAAAUAAUAUCUUCGACUUCAGUAACCACUAAAUUUCCAUGUUACCACAUGAAGGACAUAUUAAAAGUUAAGAAAGUUACUAACAAAACUUUUCAGGGAGAUCAAUAACAUGUUAGAUUAUAACCGUAAAUACAAACCUGUGACAUUGAAGCAACUACAAAACUGGAGUGAUUGAUCAAGUGUGUGACAUAAGCUUAUAACUUUUUCAACUGGUGGUGCUAUGCUUUAGUAUGUCUCUAUUUAGGAGGCUACUUUAAAAAUUCUCUCUAUCUGAAGUUGAUUAAUAACUGCAAGAUUUACAUUUUUAAUUAAAUUUUAAUUAAAUGUCUUUUGUAAAUGGCAUACUUUUUGUAAUAAAUUUGUUUGGACUUAAGCAAAAAUCCUAAUCUAUUUGCAGUUAUUGUUACAGUUUCAUCACAACUAAGUGUAUUUUUAACACAUUACAUUGUAUGUGUGGUACUUAAAACAAGUUGCGCAAUGAGAGCAAUUUAACACUUUGUAGCAUGUCCCCAUAAAGUAACUCAAGUGUACUGUGGCCAAAUAAAGGCACCAUAAUACUGUAAUUCAAAAGUUGUCUGAUUUAGUUUCCUGUUAACAGUUUUUAAAGUGUGAUAUAAAUUUUAUAUUUACGAUUUUAAGCAUGUUUUAUUGUUUUAGAUCCCUCUACAUGUUUUUGUUUACUGUGUUUCAGAAGAAAAAAUAAACUAUUUUGUCCUCUGCUCAA